UCCUGGAAAAUCGCUUGUCACAGUCAGUUCCGUUUCACAAGUGCGUGGAAAGACGUUGCGAAGGUCGCAGGUUUCGUAAGACAGCUCGCGGUCGCGUUUGGAUUGUAUAAAACGGAAAAGAAAGCAUUUUGAAAGUUUCAAAUUUGCUGCUCCGCCGGAAAGGAAAUCGUUUGAAAGUGACGAUCAUAAGUGGAAAAGUGCGGUGCUGGUGUUAGCUGAGGCAAAGCGGGCUUAGCAGGAAUUUUCACUUGAGCAACGGUUGAAUAAAAGGCCUCAAAACGGAGCACAUAACGAAAAUGAUGGAUUUCAGCGGUGGUGCCUACGGAGGAGGCAAAGCUGGCGGGGCGUUCGAUCCUAUCGCCUUCGUGAUGCGACCAACUGUGAUUCUACGAGCCGUUUGUUGGCUAUUCGCGAUCAUCGUUUUCGGCUGCAUAUCAUCCGAGGGCUGGCGGGAAGAAGGUGGCAAGGAGUACUGCAUAAUCAAUCGGGAUUCGAACGCGUGCAACUAUGCGGUAGGCAUCGGAGUCAUCGCUUUUCUAGCCUCGAUGGGUUUCAUCGCCGGUGAGUAUAUGUUCGAGAAGAUGUCCUCGGUAAAAACUCGGAAGCACUACGUUCUCGGGGAUCUCGGAUUUUCCGCCUUGUGGACCUUCCUGUACUUCAUCGGCUUCUGCUACCUCACCAACUCGUGGGGCAAAGCGGAGACUCCACCCAACGGUGAGGGUGUGAACAAUGUCCAGGCUUCCAUUGCGUUUUCGUUCUUCUCGAUCUUCACCUGGGCCGCCUGUGCCUACUUCGCGUAUCUGCGCUUCAAGGCGGGCGUGGAUCCGUCCUUCUCGUCGACCUACGAGUCGGAUCCGAACGCUACCACCCAGUACUCGGCCUAUCCGGUGGGCGCGGAAAGCGAACAGUUCCAGCAGGCACCAUUCAGCGGCCAACAGCAGCAGCAGCAAUCGGCUGGUGACUUCAACGCAUCCACAUACUAAGCAACACUGGUUCGCAUCCGUAUCCGCUGGCUGGUGGUUAUAUAUGAAUACAAAGUAAUAUGGAGCAGUGUAUUGAUCAUCGUCGCAAGUAUGUCUUGUAGUAAAAGUUUGACCGGCUUUAAGUGACACGUGGUUACGUUGAUUUUUAAUCAGUUAAACCUGAAUAUGACUCCUUGAUUAGAAUACAUUCUCAAGCAGCAGGUAUGAUUUGGAAGUGAUAGAUCUAUAUUUUCCAGCAUGUCAAUGGAAAACAUUGAAGUAACAGUUUAAUCCCACGUUUUUUGAAACGCUGCAAGAGAACACUAAAGACAUACAUUGAUACAGCAGAAAACAAACACACAUAAACACACACAAACAUAAAUGCAUUCCGGAACAUGGAAGUAAAUGGUGAAACACAAGGGAAACAUGUUAAAAGAAAGGACAAAGCAAACAUUCAAACUAGAGGCAAACAAUAUUGUUAGUUAAUUGCGAGACGGAAUCAAGAAUAAGAGACAAAAAAAAAAUAUAUUAUCGGUAUAAGUACUUGAUACAUUAUUUAUCAUGAUAAUAAUACUUCUAAUGCUAACAAUGAUAUAAAUGAGAGAACAAAAAAAAUAUUGUAAACAAACAAACGUAUCUGUAAGGAGCGAAUGACGAGGUAAGCAAUCGGAUCAAACCUUGAAAAAAAAUUAAAAAAUAUAUCACGUUUGGCAAAAAAGUGUGUUCCCCCGAGGUAGAAAAGAAGAAGGGAAGUGCUCAUCAUAUUCCCCGCUCGGCACUAAUCGGUAUUCGAUGCGAUGCAGUCACUAGAUUUUUUUAGCAGUUCACUGCUCUCGUCAGUUAAAAUAAAACACUAAAUAAGGUGGCUAAUUUAGGUGGCAUUAUUCUAAAGAUGGAAAACGAAAUUACACUAUGGAAAAAGAAAUCCAAUCGAUGAAGAUUGUUGUUGUUGUAGAAACUGUACUGAUAUUAUCGUUUAAGGGAUAGGAUACAACUGGUGAAUGUGACGCGAAUUGUAAGAUCAGCCUCUUAAUUCAUAUCCGGUUUUGGUUUUUAAUUGUAUGGCAGUCUACGAAAUCAAACCAAUCAACAUUGUAUAUCAUUCGAAAAUGUGCAACAUUAGAAACGUGUAUAUCAAUAAAUCCCACCUCCCGGCUGGUACAGAUCGGACAGCUCGCGUCGCAGACUGGAUCAGAGGCACCUGAGAGACCUCCGAAACUGAUUGAAGCACCCAAAGCUUGUGGCUAUAUCCCAUUCAGCAGGACAUCUUAUGAAAGCCCAGAGGAGAAUGCGUAUUAAAAAUUUGGCAAGGCAAUAAAAAGCGCACUUUUUAUCACACCAAACGGUAUGGAUGAAGAACUUGAAAUAUUUUCUACAGAUUCACCAUGCAGAUGCUCAUAAGAAAUAUAUAAACUAAUAAAGUGUCAGAAUGGCUAACUAAAACACACCUGUUCAAAUCGGAUCGCGAACAAACAACAUACAUUCGUUGGUAGAGUAAUUAAAAAUCAUAAACGGUUUUUGUUUGCCAUUUGGAGUAUAGCUCAUAUCGUAGUGAAACAUAUAAACGUGAAUAAAGGAUAUUCUCAAAAAACAAAGUACUUACAAUGAGCAGAAAAUACAUAAAAGAAAGCUGAAACAUUGAGUAAUAAAUAAAAUAAAUAUUAAUAUACACUAUACAUUAUUUAUAGAGCGAAAUCAGAGACCGGAUAAAAACAAAACAAAAGAAAAAAAGAAUUAUAAUGCAGACAAACAACAUAUUUAUAUUGUAGUAAGUUUCGUAUCAGUUCCAUAGCGCUGAUUGAAGCUGACUUUGUUAAUUUUAUAUAUAUUGCAUCAGCAGAAUACUAUGGUUAGAUAAAUAUGUAAGAAGAUGUAUUAGCUUUAGGCGAACCAGUGUGUUUUGUUAAUGCUUCUUUUUACCGAAAUGUACGCUGAGAAGGAAAUGGUAGAAUCUCCAACUAGGAUAGAAAAGUCGUGAGCUUAUAUAUUCUCAUCCUCCAUUAUCCACACACAAAUUAAUUGAACCGCAUUCUGUCGAAUUCCAGGAACAUCAGGUGGCAAUCAAAUAGUUGUUUGUUGAGUAAAUAUGUGAAACUUGCUUCUCAAUUCGGUCAAGAUUAGUUUAUUGGGAGGGAUUUCAUUGACUUGAAUAGAAAAAACAGGCUUUUUCGUUUUUGUCCAGUCGUUUAAUGUAGUGGAUGGCGGAAAAGCGCGUUUCCAGAGAACAAAGAACAAAGAUUGUUACUGUUAGUCAGCUUUAAUUGUAUUAUUAUUUCAGUUAUUCCGACUAAGUAGCUACCGAUUCAAAUGAAACGCUAGUAUGACACUGACAAAAUAUUAAAAAAAAACUAAGAAAACGAUUUAAGACAGAGGAAACAAAACCAAAUGAAAAAUAUGUUAAUAAAAUACUUUAGGAAAAAUACAAA